AGAACGGUACAUUAGUGUGCGUAUAAAAGUUUCACUGUUGACGACGGCGCCUCGUACAUAUUCACACAGUCGCAUUUGUUGAACGUGUACAGUAUUCUCGGCUCGUAAAAGUGAAAGCGAUGCAAACGAAGGAGAAAAUAUGAUCGUGAAACUCGACCAGCGGAUAGCUAUAAGAGGAUGAAUUGGGCUUUCUUACGCGUGAUUUGCUUAAUGCUUGUCAAUUUUCAUCGCUGAAGUGUUUGCGAAUGAAAGUACUUAAAUUCUCCUAUGAAAACGUCAGCGCUCGAUGUGCUCAUAAGAUCACAGAUUUCUUUUUUUUUUUUUUUUUUUUUGACGCAAUGCAAACUUUGAAGAGAAACUAAUUUCUUCGUUGCCUUUUGAAAAAGAGAUUUUUGCGAGAGCAUCGUACGGUUCGACGUCUAUUAAAAGUUUUUCAUUCUAUUUUUAAGCAUUGUCAACCACCGAGCUUAACGAAAGCGAACGUUGAGCGGUUGAUACGCAAAAGGUUUACAAUGUACAUUACCAUGCAGUCAUCACGAUGCGUGAAGGUAUUUGUAAUUAGAGGCAGCACGUUAAAGGAAUGCAUAACUAUAAGUUUCUGUGAGGUAACUUUAAAUGUAGAGUGAUCAUCUGUAAUUGCAGAUGGGCGCGGUUUCGUCCGUCAGGAAAAACGGUGCGUGCUUCUCGAAGGGGGUAGGGAUAAGGCUGGGAAGGAAAGAGCUGAGAUCCAUGGAAUGGUUGACGAUACUCUGAAAACACAAAGCAUCCACCGGGUUUCAGUUCCCGUAUCGCGUCCUCUGUGCUCGCUUCGUUGAUAGCCGUGCUGGUGAUACACCGUGAAGGUAUCUGCAUGUGCUUUAUCCUCUCUCGCGCGACGCUUAAACCGGACUGUGAUAAAGAAGAAGAGAAAGAAAGCAGCAUGGCGGUGUAAUUCUUCUGUACUUGAAUAUAUAUCGCGAAGACUAUGUUUCUGCGGACAUUAUGUUGGCUGAAUAUUUUAACGGUUUCAGUUUUAUGCCGAAACGAGGGAAACGCUGACAAAAGUGGCUGGAGCUUCGAUCCAAAUACACAGUAUCACAUUCAGACGGAUGAGGGUCCCGAAAGGCACUUCCGUUUCCAGACGCUAAACGGACAAUACAGAAAGGAGAAGAGGCUAGUGGAUGGCACAGUUAUCGGAACGGAGGGCUGGCUAGAUCCUCUCGGAUACCUGCGUCUUAAGGACUACGUAGCCGAUAGCAACGGAUUUCGAAUAGUAAGAUCAAAAAUGGUGUACGUGGGUAAAGACAGGCCUAUCUAUGAUGCCAUGGCGGAGGCGAAGAGGGUACCUGCUCAGAAUGGACUCAUCGUGGAUCCACCACGACCACCAAAUCCUUUCAGACAAUGGAAAGGAAACAACGUGGCUCCUCUGCUUGGGAACGACAUAAACUCUAACUAUUACGUCAGUACCACUGCCAGUCCCAGAGUGGACGUCACCCCUAUAUCUAGUUCGAACAAUGAUUACUACAGCCCAAAUCAAAGAAGAUUUUCUCCUGGCCAACGAAAUUAUUACAACGCUCUACAACGACCUCGAGACGGGGCUGGCGCUCCUUACGAUCACUCGAACAAGAAUCUUCGACUAUCGACGCCAGUUUCUCAAAGUGGCUCAGCGGAUUACCCUCCAUACGAUGGAACCCACACUGUCGCCAACGGAUUCCAGUAUUACCUGAAGAGGCAGUACCACGAGGAGGAACAGGAUGCGACAGGAGACAACGUUGGCUCCUUCGGUUACAUCGAUCCAUUUGGCAUCAGAAGAGUAAUUUAUUACAAGACGGAUCAAAACAACGGUUUCGUUCAUCAGAAGAAUAAUAAAUACGUUGGUUUCGGGGCGACCCCUUACGACCCCUCGUCGACUGGUUUAUACAGACAGAGAUCAAGAAGAUAUUCAAAGUCAUAAGCUUGUUAAAAUUUGUUUUACUCAUAGUUGUUAGCAGUAGGUGCCAUGUUUGACUAUUUUAUUAUUUAUAAGGUUCGGUAAUAUUUAAAAUUUCGCAAAUCUAAAUAAAUACGCGAGCUUUGCGCGAGUAACGCGCACUGUAAUCCUAUCGAAAUAAAUUAAGGAACAACGACGGACGGUUAACGAGUCCACCGAAUGGGAAGCAUGAACGAGGAUCCAUUUUAGUGUAAUUGGACGAAGCUUUUUAUCACUAUGUUUAUUAUAUUAACGAAACGUAUUUUUACACUGUUAAAUAUAUUGCACGCGUAGGUAUGUAUACUUUACAAGGAAAAGUAUUUCAUAAAUUAAGUGUUGUAAUUCUACACACAUUUUAUACACAAUACGUCCAUGGUCUAUUUCUGUAAUAGUCGUAAUGUAAGUAAUCCCAUUUUAAAGUGCUAUAGGGUACCACCUGGAAUAUUUCCGUUGUGUUUAAUAGUACAAAAGACUCUGUGAGGAAGAAAUUAUUCGCUUCAAAGACACGAAUAUUACGAAUAAAUAUACUUAUGUUCAA